AGAGCUCGUUAGUAUAUGCUGGCCAAUUUCCGAUAUGAAGUGAAGGUUGCAUGGCCAGCGUUUUGCACAUGCGCGGUGUCGCAUUCCCAACUGGAGCGACUGGGAGUCAAAACAAAAAAAUCUUCUGGAAAGUCCUGAAUUUAACUGCAUGCUAACAAGCUAGCCGCCGAGGACAUCGUUCACUUGCUUUAAAGUGCUUUUUGGAACAACUCCACACUCGUUGUUCGAGCAUGGAGACUUCGGAAAAGUUCCGACGGACCGAAAAGUUGUUUUGGUGCGGUUUCACGGCAUAAUUGAAAGUGAACAUUGUCCACUGUGACUUAGCUUAGCAUCGGUCUGCCCGAGUCCAACAGCGCCUGUGCCGAGUUGUGUCGGUGUGCUGAGCUCCACGCUUCGUUCCCAGACUUGUCUGGUAGCUCGCUCGCCACAAUGUCUAUCCUGGGCUUGAAGAAGAAGCAACCGAAGACUUUUAAAGUCAAAGUGAUCACCAUGGAUGCAGAAGUGGAGUUCAGCUGUGAGGUCAAGUGGAAGGGCAAAGACUUGUUUGACCUGGUGUGCCGGACUGUUGGUUUGAGGGAGACCUGGUUCUUCGGACUACGCUACACAGUAAAAGACACGUACGCUUGGCUGAAGCAAGAGAAACGGGUUUUGGACCAGGAGGUUCCCAAAGACUCCCCAAUAACAUUUCAUUUCCUGGCCAAAUUCUUCCCAGAAAAAGUAGAGGAAGAACUGGUCCAAGAAAUAACUCAGCACCUCUUUUUCUUACAGGUGAAGAAACAGAUUCUAGACGAAGAGAUUUUCUGUUCUCCUGAAGCUUCUGUUCUUCUGGCCUCCUAUGCUGUCCAAGCCAAGUACGGAGACUACGAUCCAAACUUUCAUAAACCAGGAUUCCUGGCCCAGGACGAGCUUCUGCCAAAAACAGUGCUGAUGCAAUACCAAAUGACAGCUGACAUGUGGGAGGAGAAGAUCACAGCCUGGUACGCCGAACACCGAGGCAUCGCCAGGGACGAGGCUGAGAUGGAGUACCUGAAGAUUGCCCAGGACCUGGAGAUGUACGGUGUCAGCUACUUUGCCAUCACCCAAAACAAGCGAGACACUGACCUCUUGCUGGGAGUGGACGCUCAGGGUCUUCACAUCUACAGCCCCAACAGCAAGCUCAACCCCAACAAAUCCUUCCCGUGGAGCGGAAUCAGGAACAUCUCCUACAGUGAGAAAGAGUUCACUAUCAAACCUCUCGACAAGAAGAAGGAUGUUUUCAAGUUCUACUCGUCUCAGCUGCGCGUCAACAAGCUGAUCCUGCAGUUGUGUAUCGGCAAUCACGACCUGUUCAUGAGAAGGAGGAAGGUGGACUCCAUCGAGGUGCAGCAGAUGAAAGCUCAGGCCAAAGAAGAGAAGGCCCGGAAAAAGAUGGAGCGUCAGAUCCUGGCUCGAGAGAAGCAGAUGAGGGAGGAGGCUGAGCGGGCCAAGGAGGAGAUGGAGCGAAGACUCUUCCAGCUGCAGGAUGAAGCUCGACUGGCCAACGAGGCACUGCUGCGCUCGGAGGAGACGGCCGAUCUGCUGGCAGAGAAAGCCCAGAUUGCUGAAGAGGAGGCCAAGCUGUUGGCCCAUAAGGCGGCUGAGGCGGAACAGGAGCGGCAGAGGUUAGAGGUCACCGCCAUGAAGACGAAGGAGGAAAAGAGGCUGAUGGAACAGAAGAUGAGGGAGGCGGAGCAGCUGGCCGUCAAACUGGUGGAGCAGUCGGAGAGGAGGCUGAAGGAGGCCGACCACCUGAAGCAGGACCUGAGCGAGGCCAAGGACGCCGAGCGCCGGGCCAAGCAGAAGCUGCUGGAGAUCACCAAGACCACCUACCCUCUGAUAGCAGCUUACUCGGCUCCCCCCGCCCCCCCUGCAGCCCCCGAGGCGGCGGCGGACUUCACCUAUGAAUCAGCCUCCAUGCGCCUGGACUUCAAGGACUCCGACAUGAAACGCCUGUCGAUGGAGAUCGAGCGAGAGAGGCUGGAGUACAUGGAGAAGAGCAAGCACCUGCAGGACCAGCUGAAGGAGCUCAAGUCUGAGAUUGAGAGCCUGAAGCUGGAGGAGCAGCAGCAGCAGGCCGGGGUCUACACCCUGCACAGCGAGGCGGCGGGAUAUGCUCAGGAGCCCGUCUACUCGCCGCACAGCAACAGGAACUCGGCCUACAUGUCUCAGAUGGCCUACUAUGAAGAGGUCUGAGGCUGCGCCACGAGAAGGUCGUCGUCAAGGUCACCUGCCCGUGUCCGAGGUCGCCACCCUCCAAGUCUGGAUCCCUGGUUUUUGAAUUUGGUCUGAAGGGAAAUUUAGCUCGCUCGGCGGAAGACGGGGCCCGUGGUGUCCAGGUCACAUCCAGGUGAUUUCAGGGAGGAGCAACGCAGUAUUGGCUUCCAAGCUUGUAGCUGACAUUUCAGGUUUUUAUGCUUAUGACUUUAUUUUUUUCUACUUUGCUCCGCUGCUUUCGCCCUCCUUGUUGUUCUGCCUUCAGGUCAGUGACAGAGUUCAUUGCAGCUGCCUCGUUGAACGGCCUCCACUAGGGGGCGCGCUCGGUCAGGAUGUUUUUGUUGACCCUCAAACACUAACGCUCAUCCACGUUGAACAUUGCUGAGUCAUCGAAACAUUUCAGGAGUUGAAAAGGUGGUCGAACUCCUUGAGCUUUGGCAGCUUGGCACCAGUCCAGGAGUCUCAUAUUUAUUUCGCACAGUUUUUUUUGUUCAUUUCCGUGGCCUUAACUGAUGAGGAUCCUUGAGUUUCCCGUCACUUCUGAUGUGACAUCGUGUUUGUAGCUGCCCAGGUUUGUGUUCCCUCGCUGUGUUGGCGUUCACCGUGUUCAUAUUAAAAUCUCUGGACCUGA